AAACGAUUAAUUAUUUCAUACCUUUUUAUCUGAACAGGUAGCUAUCUAAUAACACAAUGAUGAAUAUAACAUUCAUAUCUAGUCUGACUCUGAUCAAGCUUGGACAAUUGUCGUAAUAUUUUUUGUUGUCGUAUUCGACAACGAAAUAAUUUACCACGCUACACACGUCGAGUAAAUUACAAUCGAAUCGGUCCUGGCCAGCUGGCUACCGUACACCCAGAGUCAUAACGUUAUACAGUAUAUAGAGACUCUGGUCAAUGUUUUCUAGCUAAAUGGCUAACAAAACCAUGGCUAUCAAACUAUAGCUUUGGGACACAACAUCGGGAGUCCAUAGACUGUGUCCCAAAGCUAGCAAGCCCCAGACAAAGUCCAUUGCAUUGGCACAGACCUAUAUAUGGCCCUGUACAGAAACAACCCCGAGCCAUUGACACUAGACCUGCAUUAAUUGGACAGGUAGCUAGGUAUAAGUAUUAAGCCUUUAUAAGCAUUGUUUUUGCUGCAGCUUGCCCUCUCUGCUACACCACUUGCUCAUUGUCAUACUUUUUCACAGCACAGGGCCACUGUUAAAUCAAGGUGUGGGACACUGAACUAUGCAGUAUGUCUCCAAAAGGAACUCCAUUGCCUAUUUUGUCUGUGAAAGAAGUCCCACCUUGACCUCCGCCAAAGAGACAUGCCCACACAACUUUGCUGAAAUAUUGCCCACGGAAAUGAGCUUGAAGAUUUUCAGCGAACUGGACAUUGACAGCUUAUGUAGUGCAUUGUUGACCUGCAAACUGUGGCACCACAUCAUUGAACACAGUGACCACCUCUGGAGGAAUCACUGCCUGACUGUGCAAGCUUUCUGUCAACCGGAGGUUGAUGGGGACAGACAGUAUGGACUGUCGUGGAAGGUCACCCUGGUGCGGAGCUACAGGAGAGGUUUUCUGAAGAGAGAAUGGUUAAGGGGACGAUACAGCAACAUUUGUUCUGCCGAUGAACUACUGGACAGGAACAUGUGCUCAUUGGAUGUGGAGACUUGGGGUGAGAUUCUGGAAGCAGAGCUGGAGAGAUAGAUGCAAUGCUAUAAAGAGAUAUGAGUGAACUCUUUAGAUUUUAUUUUUUAUACUUAUGUCUUAAGCACUUGAUUUGUUUUAUACCUUUAUACCAUUUUUAAAUAUGAUUAUGGUUAAAUCACAGACUUGUAUAUAUUUUUUGUUAUACAUUAGUAUAUGGUAGGCUACACUCUAGUAAAAUAUGGAUACUCUUUAAUGGAUUCCUACAUCAGUGAUACAAUUGUGCCUUCACUACACUGAAUAAAGUGGGGUCAUUAAGAUAAUUUGCGUUCACGUCUUUGUUUACAGUAUAGCAUUAAAGUGCAGUACUUUUGCUAUUUGUCAGUA